AUGGAUGCUGAAUCACACAAGAAAAUUUUCAAUGGCACGAUCUUUACUGCAAGCGCCGGAGCGGUCUUUGGAGUGAUGAACGGUUUUCUUAAUAACAAACCUUUGCUCAGAAGCACCUUCGUUGCGGGGACCAAUUAUGGAGUAGCUGGAUGUACAUUUUUAUACAUCAGAGAAGCCUGUUUAUUGUAUCAAAGAAGAAGUCACAGACCGACAUCGAGAAUAACAAGAGAUCACGAAGAAUUGAUCAGUAGCGCCUUGGCCGGUGGGAUAACUGGUGGAGUGUGGUUCGCGUUAUUAGGCGGUCGUCGGAGCAUCAUCCCGGGUUUCGUUGUUUUUACGCUUUUAUGUGGGACCGGACAACACCUAUAUACUAGCUUGCGCGAUUAUCGACGGCGGUUGAUUCUUGGAACAAGUCGAGGUAAAACAGAAUCGCAAGGCAGCGGCAGAGGUACCUCGGAUUUCCCGGAAAACGUCGAUAAGGACAAGACCGGGUUGCUCGAUUGGCUUGCGGCAAAAAGUUGGUCGCCAGUACGGAAGAUUUCAGAAGAAGAAUAUUUGAGACUUAAGGAGGAUAAGCUAAGAGCAAAGGGCAUAGACACAUCAUUGAUAAAUAGUAGUAAUGAAUUAAACGAUUCCGAUGGGAAAGAUUGA